AUAAUGACUAAUGGCUUAUCAUCUUUUGAGUAAUUAACGAGUAAUUAAAGUGUGUGUUGAGUGGAUUCAAUCAUUAUUAAAAUAUAUAAACUCGCAUUGGUUGUCGUGUCCAAUCACUGUUUAUACGAUUCUGCCACGUAUCCUCAUACCCAUUCUCAGAUUAAGAAACUGAGUAAAAAAUGGUGAAACUAAAAUUAAUUUUUUUAAUAUUUGUCAUCAUCAAUUGCCACCAAUCAAAUGCAUCUGUGAAUCUAUCGACGAUGAACGAAAUCGGCGGAAGGAUCAAAGACAUUGUCGUCACAAUAAGUAACGUAGUGGCUGGAUUUAAAAAAAAGCAGUCUUCACUCAAUCAACCAAUAUCUGGAAAUCAUUCAUCAAAUCCUAUACUGCCAGAUAAAUACCCAAAGCACCCGCUUGACCAUCAGGUGGAUCUAACUAACAAUUUUAUAGCAGAGGAGAACCAUAAUGCCAGCAAUGCUAAUAAAGCCAUGCGAAAAAUGUUCUUCAAAGCAAGACUUAUUUCAAACAACCUAUUCCACGAUACUGACGGCAUUGAGAAACAGCUGGGCGAACAUAUAAGAAACAUUUUUUUGAAAUUAGGUACAAAUUGCUCUGAAUCAAAAAUUUCAGAAAUACAUGACUGCGUUUUCAAAAUAAAUGAAUAUUACAAGUAUUUUAUGGUGUAUGCUCACCCAAAAGUUCAAAUUACGAUUUCCGAGAUAAGUAAAUUCGUCAACUCAAUCCUGUCCAUCGGACCCGAUAGUUUAUUGGAAGCUGUCAUCAAUUUAAAGAGUUUUUUUGAGCCAUCAAAUUCGGCUCCCAUUUACUUGGAGCUUUUAAAAUACUUACGCAAUCCCCAGGUAUCUUCGUUUGGUUUUAAAUGUGAUAAUGAAAUGUCGAUACAAGAAGAAAUAAAGGCUGUUUAUGAUUUAGUUAUUUUGACUGAGUUGAAAGCAUUUACGAUGAUUGUAUUUGCUCAUAAAUAUCAAGAGCUUAUGCUACACGUUGACGAAAAAGAUGAGUUAAAUGUGGAAAUAACACAACUCGUACAUAGAAUGAGUAAUUAUUUACAAGGUUCUAAACGUAUUACUUCAUUGGCAUCACGUGAAACAUUACGAUGUGAUCCUGAAACUCAUUAUCAUGAUGUAACUAGCUUCCGAUUGGACAAUUUAUUUGGACUGUAUUACCUCAACAAAAGACAAUUGGAUGCCAAUUGCGAAGCUUCGCACACAAAUCGUUCUACUAAAAUUGUAAAUCAAGAUAUAAAGAGAGAUAUACUUAGUAGUGUUGAGUGCUUGGACGAGAGUUACAACAGAAAAAAUUUGUUGAUCAAUAAUUACUGUCCAAAAUGGAAAUGCAAUGGAAGGCUACAUGACUGUACUGUUGCUGAGAAGAAAGCGUUCUGUGAAGCUAAAUUAGGAACCGGAAGAAGGUAUGAGUGGAUUGACAACGGAUCAAAAAAAACGGUGAGAGAAAACUGUAAUGGACGUUAUAUUGAUACAUUAGAACAGGCCAGUUGUGAUAAUUUGAUCUGUCAAUGUUCUGAGGAAGGCGCAGAAUCUUUCGCCACACGUGCAAUCAGUUUGAUGCCACAAAUUGCUGAUAUUAAUAAUAAUAUGGUGAUCACGAACGUUCGUUUCCAAAAGAAGGACAACAUGGUCCACUUGCAAGCUGAACAAGGUCGUCUUAUGCCAGGAGGUAAAAUCGAUAAUUUCACUCGCAACUGGAUUCCGCUUAACGACCUGGUCUAUAAGCAAAAUACUGCCGAUGGUUCGUUUUGGAAGCGUGAGGGAAACGUACAGUCGCCGUUGAUCUACGAGUUGGACUACACUUAUCUCCGUCACGAUAAUAUUAAGCUCCAUCUUGACGACGUUAUUACUUCCCCCGACACUAUUGUGACCGGUGUUCGGCUCAAUUACAUGGCAGGAUAUCCAUCCAACUUUUCAAGUCCAUUAGAACUUCAAAUUUUUGUUACUCCUUACGAUUACUAUCGCGGAACUCUAGAGCCACGAUCAUCAAAACCCUCGAUGUGGCUCACCACCGGUAGAUCAUCUGAAAAAUCUGCUGAUUACUUUCGAAUGAGGACUGAAUUAAACCUCUCCCACUCCGAUGAUCCACUAAAAGCUGAUACUAAAAACCACUUGGACUCGUAUCCAAACCAAUUUAUUAAAUUCCAAGUUACUGAUUAUCAAAAAGAUUUUGGACAACUGACCAUCCCAUACUUUGACGCUCGUCCAGCGGCAAUUUUAGGCGACAAGGCACUCAGCGGAAUUGGAUUAGCUCAUCGAGGAUCAAAAGGUUACGGAGGAUUUUUAGUACCAAAAUUAAUCAAUGCCGAUCAUUCACAAUACAUUAAUUUUACUCUCACUCAACAACAAAUUGAUGAUUUUAAACGUCAUUAAUAUUGUAUUUUUUUUUUAAAUUAAAUAAAUUUUUUUAUUAUUUGAAAA